CAUCAUCAGCACAACAAGCGAAGAUGGACCAAACCGAAGUAGUCAAACCAGAAACUCUGGACGAUUUGAUUAAAACUCUGCACAAGAUUUUUGAAAGUGACAAUAUCAAUGUGGAGGAGGUGCAGAGCAUCAUGGAAGCUUAUGACAGUAAUCCUCAGGAAUGGAUGAAGUUUGCCAAAUUUGACCAGUACAGAUACACCAGGAAUCUCGUUGAUGAGGGAAAUGGAAAAUUCAACCUGAUGAUUUUAUGUUGGGGUGAAGGGCACGGCAGCAGCAUCCACGAUCACACAGACUCACACUGUUUCCUGAAGCUGCUACAGGGACAGUUGAAGGAAACUUUAUUUGACUGGCCGGAUCGCAAACUCGCGAGCGGGAUGGUCCAGAAAUCACAGCAGAUCUUACAGGAAAACCAGUGCGCUUACAUUAACGACUCCAUCGGACUCCAUCGGGUGGAGAACGUCAGUCACACAGAGUGCGCCGUGAGUUUGCACCUGUACAGUCCGCCGUUCCAGACAUGUCGGACAUUUGACCAGCGCACCGGACACCACAACACCGUCAAAAUGACCUUCUGGAGUAAAUUUGGCGAGAGGACGCCGUAUGAAACGACCGUUUCACAAGAAAACAACUGAGACAUUCUGCGAUGCUUAUCGGAACUCACAGACAAAAACAGCAACUGCAGUGACUUACGCAAUGAUCCAACAACACUUUUAAAUAUUUGGAGAGGACGGUGGAAAAAUGGAGCUUGUGGUAAUUAACGAUGUUUAAUCACGGCCUAGUUUAACGUUGGCAAACGCUGCUAAAGAGAGACUGAAGGUCUGAAUAGUCGUAUUAGUCGAGGCGCGCUGUGAAUUUGCUCUUUGUUGUUUGAGAAGACCCCAUUCCAGCAUUCCUGUGUGUCUGUGAGCGUGUAAUCACUCUUUUGUACUGUUACGGGACGUGAGCGCUUUGGCUGAUGUAAUUUAUGAGAAAAAACUAUUUGUCUUUCCUUUUGUUCCACUCAAAUGAAAAUAGUGCCUUGAUCAACACAAUAGUUUAGCGUAAAAUGCAGCACUUUCUGUUGAGAAAUGUAUUGAUUUGGCAUGCCUUGAAAUCUCCGUAACA